AUGAAGGAUCUUGAUCUGAGAGUAUCUGCUUCAAACCUUGGAACUGAUCGAUUCCGGGCGGAUCUUAAGUCCACGUUACCAGAACUUUUCGGCAAGUCGGGAACUAUGGGUGGUCUGAGACGGGCCUGCGAAAGUCCAGAAAAGCGCGGAUCUUGGGAUCUUAUGGACAAUCGGAGUGGUGUGAACUGCCUACCAAUCAAUUGUGGCUGUGAUGCACAAAAUAUAUUGACUGUUAGCAAGUCUACAGACAGGUUUAUGGGUCUCAUUCUCGCUUUUGGGAAAACGUAUAAUAUGGCAUUUGAAAGCUAA